GCGGCCACCUUCAAGGAGGAACUGCUGUGCCCUAUCUGCUACGAACCUUUCCGGGAAGCCGUGACUCUUCGCUGCGGCCACAACUUCUGCAAGGGCUGCGUGACCCGGUCCUGGGAGCACCAGCACCAGGCGUGCCCCGUCUGCAAGGAGGCCUCCUCCUUCGACGACCUCCGCGUCAACCACACGCUCAACAACCUGGUGGAGAUGAUCCUCAAGGAGGAAGGGCGGCAGCGGGACCGGGCGGCCGCUCUCUGUCCCCUUCAUCGCGAAGAAGCCAAGCUCUUCUGCCUGGAGGACAAGGAGCUGGCGUGCUUCAUCUGCCAGAGCUCCGUGCAGCACCAAGGGCACAAGAUGCGGCCGGUGCAGGAGGCAGCGGUGGAUUUCAGGGCCAAGCUGGAGAACAUGGAGACCUCCCUGCGGCGUAAAGCGUUGGAUUUCGGCGCCGUGCAUCACUCCUACGAGUCCAUCUCCAAACACAACCAGGUGGAAGCAGCGCGGCUGGAGGCUCAGAUCAAGAGGGAGUUCGAGAAGCUGCACGAGUUCCUGCGGAGCGAGGAGACGGAGCUGCUGGCCCAGCUGCAGGAGGAGACGCGGCGCAAGCACGGCCUCGUCGAGGGCAAGAUGAAGCGGCUGGCGGAGGAGAAGCAGGUGCUCCUCAACGAAGCGUGCCAGCUCCAGUCGGACCGCAAGGAAGAUGACUACACCUUCCUCAUGAGCCACAAGAACCGCAAGCGCAGCACCCAGUACAAGGGCACCAUCACUAAUAAGCUCAUUCCUGAGGCAGUCCAGGCUCCUAACACUCAUGUCCCCACCACAGUCCCCUUCAGCUUCGACCCCAACUCUGCGGCGGGCCGGGUCUCGGGGUUUUUCCCCCGCGGCUUCUCCGCCGGCUUCCACGCCUGGGAGGUGGACCUGGGCGGCAUCACGAACUGGCAGGUGGGGGUGGCCCGGCCAUGCGGUGACACCCACUGGACCUUCCACCACGAUGCUCGCUCCGGCUUCUGGUACAUCUACCGCCUGCCCGGGAAGGACGACGUGUCGUGCCGAGCGUCCAACACGGCGCGUUCGGAGGUGGCGUUGGGUGACCUGAGACGGAUCCGGGUGGAGCUGGACUGUGACGAAGGAGAGGUCUCCUUCUACGACGCCAUCCGCAAGACCCACAUCUACACCUUCCACGAGGAUUUCGGCGGCACCGUCUUCCCCUACUUCUACGUCGGGGGGACGCCGGUGCGCACGCUGCCCAAGGCUCUCCGCAUCUGUCCCCUCCGGGUCCGCAUCCACGAGGACGUCCCGGACUAG